UUUUUCCAGAGUUAGCUAUUGGCUUUGAGGAUCCUCGUGUGCAACUGCAUAUUGCUGAUGGUAUGUGGAAAAGAUGUUCUAAUUAUUUUUUACAUGCAGUUUAGUGAAUAUGUGCAUCUGAAAUCUUAUUAUCCAUUUUAUAUGGAUCCAUUAAUCUAGGUUAUUAAUAAUUUUACGUAAUUAACGCCCCUAAUUGUAUAGCUGAUUAUAUAGCUAGACUUUCUUGUUGAUCUUCUUUUCAUUUUUGUGGCAGCUGUUGAAUUUUUACGGAAUGUACCUAAAGGAAAGUAUGAUGCAAUUAUUGUUGAUUCAUCAGACCCUGCAGGUUGAUAACUUGGAAUUUCUGAGGCAAAUGAGGAUCAACCCAAUAAAGGUUGCCAAAGCAUUAGUGGAAGUGUUUGCUGAAAAGAUCUUGAUGAAUAUGGGUGCAAGGUGUUAUGCCAGUUCAUUGAUAGAGUGGAGAAACACCCGAGCAAGAAAAUUGAUGAGAAGAUUGGCCAGUUCUGGAUUGUAUUUUUUUCAUAAAAGAACUUUUUUCAAGUUUUUAGUUGUAAUAACUUUUACAUGUAGCUCAAAUUUUGAGACUCAAAUAGAAUGUUCAAUAAAACUAUAAUGCUAUACUGUCUGAAUUCUUGUCAUUGUUA